AUGGAGCAAAAGGAGUCAAAUCACCAAGUUCCCAAGUCUAGAGCACCAAAUCUAUAUUUCUCGCUAAAGACCAAACCGGAGCAUCCGAAGUACGACCGCAUAUUCAUGCCUUCCCGACGUCCAAAAGUCAUGAUUCUUAUAUGGAAAGAUAGAUAUUUGAGUCAUGACCCGCGGCGAAGUGGAAAGAGGUCAUUUGGAUCACUCGUUGGCCGGAACUUAUUUUCUACCAAGACAUGUCCGAAGCGCCUAAGUAGAGCCCAUGGAGACUUUGACGUCUUUUGGAGCAUUCUGGAGCAUAUGGGACAUGAGGAGCAUGGAGGGACUUGGCACAUGGAAGCAGCUCAACUGGAUACGCAAAGGAAGAAGGGAGAAGCCAUCUUGAAGACCAGCUCGACCGUCCACUCGACCAACCGGUCGAGUUCCUCAACUCGACCGGCCAAGCUUCAACUCGAUCGAGCUGGGAGUCAAAGUCAAACCCGAAAAAUGUUGCUUCCCCCUUGA